GAGCGAGCGCUGUCUCGCGCACUGUCGGACGCGGCGGCUCGCUUCACCGCGCGCUCUCACCCCCUCACCGGCCGAAUGAGUCCAUCUCCUCGGAAGCCCGCACCCCACUGAUUCGGGUAAGCCUUCCCUUUCCGCCGGGAUGGUGUUACCCCCGCCGUUUUACUGCCGAUUCUUGUCGUAACCUGCCCGUCUCUCGCGUGGAGCCGUGUGGUGCCAAAUAGUGAGCUGCUUCGCCGGGGCCGCGGGGCAUGCGCAGAGGCACCCGGCCGCGCUUCCUGCCAAAAACCGUCCGGUGUAGGACACUGAUUCAGUUGUAUGUACAUUACAAAGAACGCCUUGCUGUACCAUUUGCUAUUUUAAGAUCUGAGUUGUCGAGGGAUUACAAGAGCUUAUGAGGAAGUUCUGUUGCAAAAACGAAAACCAGUGGCUAGAGGAGACUGCAGAAAGUAAGGAGCGUCGAACAGGACAAGACACAAAAGGGAAGCUGGAAUAGCAAGUGGAGAAUCAUGAGGCCAAUCCGAACAUUUGCUAAUGAUGACCGUCACGUCAUGGCAAAACAUUCCGCAGUGUACCCUUCCCAAGAAGAGCUUGAAGCUGUACAGAAUAUGGUUUCUACAGUGGAAUGUGCACUAAAACACGUAUCUGAUUAUUUGGAUGAAAGUAAUUUGCAGUCAGUUAAUGUGGAUGCAGAUGAAGAUGGAGCUGGAGAUGCCAAGAAAAGUGAUACUUCAGAGAGCAACUCAAGUGAACAGAGUGGCCGUGUCUUAUGUGGAGUGAUGCGAAUUGGAUUGGUUGCAAAGGGUUUGCUGAUAAAGGGAGACUUGGAUUUGGAGCUGGUGUUGAUGUGUAAAGAAAAACCAACUGAGAAGUUAUUAAGUAUAGUCUGUGACAAUCUGCCAUUACAAAUUCAGAAACUUUCAGAAGAAAAAUAUGAAGUUGAAAAAUGCACAGAAGAGGCAGCCAUCAUUGUCCAAAAUACAAAAGAACCCAAGUUGACACUGAAAAUCGUUCUCAGUUCACCAGUAGUCAGAGAUGAAAUGGAAAAGAAGCAAGAUGGAGAAAAUUUUGCGAUGAAAGAUCCAGCGGACUUAUUGGACAGGCAGAAAUGCCUAAACGCCUUGGCGUCUCUGCGACAUGCCAAAUGGUUUCAGGCAAGGGCAAAUGGAUUAAAGUCAUGUGUAAUUGUGAUUCGUAUUCUGCGUGAUUUAUGCAACAGAGUACCCACAUGGGGACCAUUGAAAGGAUGGCCUCUAGAGCUUAUUUGUGAAAAAGCCAUAGGUACUAGUAAUAGACCAUUAGGGGCUGGUGAAGCCUUGAGACGUGUAAUGGAGUGCUUGGCAUCGGGGAUUCUUCUACCUGGUGGUCCAGGAUUGCAUGACCCUUGUGAAAAAGAUUUAACCGAUGUAUUGAUCUCGAUGACUUCACAGGAAAUGGAUAAUAUUACUCAUAGUGCCCAGCAUGCACUUAGACUUAUGGCUUUCGGUCAGAUCUACAAAGUACUGGAGAUGGACCCUCUUCCAUCAACGAGAUCCUCACUUCAGAAAUGGUCCCGAUCAUUAAGUGAGCGAGAUGGACCUCUCUCGGCACCUUUGAAAAGACCAUAUGAAGAUAGUAUGGGAGAUGAUAAAGAUCCAAACAAAAAGAUGAAAAGGAACCUGCGAAAAAUAAUGGAAAGCAAAGCAAUAGAUGUUAACCAGCCUAUGAAUGCUCUGAUGAGACUGAAUCAGAUUAAACCUGGCCUGCAGUACAAACUUCUUUCACAGUCUGGUCCAGUGCAUGCACCUGUCUUCACUAUGUCUGUGGAUGUUGAUGGCAAAACUUAUGAAGCCUCAGGACCAUCUAAAAAAACAGCCAAACUUAAUGUAGCAGUUAAGGUGUUACAAUCAAUGGGCUGUCCAACCGGUAUGGACUUGAAGAUGGGUUUGGAAUCUCAGGAAGUGGAGGAAAAGUCCUUGGGUGAUGAUAAAAAUGAAACUGUUUCUACAAACUCCAGUAACGACACAGUUGGCUGUGUUCCUGCUACCAGCACCAAUACUCUCGAGAUGAGAACGCAGGGCCCUAUCCUGACAGCCAGCGGAAAAAACCCUGUUAUGGAACUGAAUGAAAAGAGGAGGGGUUUGAAAUAUGAAUUGAUAUCGGAAACUGGUGGCAGUCAUGACAAACGGUUUGUCAUGGAGGUGGAAGUAGAUGGUCAGAAAUUCAAGGGAGCAGGUCCUAAUAAGAAAGUAGCGAAGGCCAGUGCUGCUUUAGCUGCCCUUGAAAAACUCUUUUCUGGUCCCAGUGCUGCAAACAUCAAGAAAAAGAGGACUGGUCCUCCGACUAAGGGUCCAAUAGCUGCUCCAGCAGUUGCAGUCCAGUCACUCAGAGGCAGAGGCAGAGGGGCUUUGAACAGAGGAGCAUUUGCCGGUGCAGCAGUAACAGCUGCUCCAGGAUACCUAACGCCAGGUUAUGGUGCACCAUAUGGAUACAGUGCUGCUGCCCCGGCUUAUGGUUUGCCAGGCAAGAGAAUGCUUCUGUUCCCUGUUAUGAAAAUUCCAACAUAUCCUGUUCCCCUUUACUCCUUUUUCAGCUAAUUACUGUAUUAGAAGCAUAAUAAUAGCAAAAACAAAAAGAAAGCAUUAGGAGGAAAAAGUUGCUUUUUUUUUAAUUAAAUUUCUUUUGAAAAUGUUGUAUGAAGCAAAUUAUUUGUAAAAUAAUUUUCCUAUCUUUUUGAUUUUAACAAAAAGGCUUAGUUCAUUAAAACUUGAAAAUGUACUGUGAAAUGUUACCUCAUUCUCAGAAUAUAACUUAAUCCAGCCUUCUGUGGUAGAAAGUAAUAAAAUUUUAAAAAAAAACCUCACCAACAUUUUAAUUGAAGUAUCAUAGCUUCUGAAGAAUUUUAUGGAAGCUUAUUUGUGAAGGAUGUAUAGAUAAUAGAUCUCUGAUCACAAAUAAACACUUUCUGUUUCAG